AGAAACUUUGCUUUAACGUGUGGACAUCACACUCUCUUCUUCCCCACCACUCCCUCUCUCUCUCCAAUCUUCUUCUCCAAUUUACCAGGAUUUAGAUAUUUAUGCUCUUCCUUUAUCUUCCUUCUUCUACCAUUUUUUCUGAAUUCUGUAUAUUUACAGAUUGUAUAUACAUCUACAACAAUUGUUUUAGCAGGAUAACCUAAAUUUUUAAAAAAGAUUCUAUCUUUGGCCCAAAAAUGGCCACCCUUACAAAAAUGGGAUCAUACCCAGAUAUCCAAUUGCCACUCCGACCGGAAAUUCGCCGGAAAUUGUCGAUUCCGGGAAGUUUUCCGGUACUGGGUCUUUCUAGAAAGAGUAGAAGAAGAAGGUGUUGGAAAGUUUGCAGGGGAUUUAAGGAAGAAGGGAGUGAGGGGAGUGAGGAGAGAGAAAGGGGAAAAAGGAAUUUGGAUUUGGUGUUGAAAAUUAAAGGGAAUGGAAGGGAGAUUUGUAGUUCAAUUAAGUCGGGAAUUGUGAGAUUGUGUAAAUUUCCUUCUGGGGAUGAGAAUAGGGAUGCACUGGCUGAGCUUGAGAAGGUUCUUUUCUCGGCUGCUUUACAUAUUGGGAGAUAUAUUGUAACCAUGAUGAGCACGGGCGUUGUUCUGCUAACUGGAUUUCAAUUGUCAGGUGGUGAGAUGAAUGACUUGAUCUGGUAUAGUUGGCUUGGAGGGGUUAUAAUUGGGACUAUGGUAGGGGCAAACAUGGUUAUGGACGAGCAUAGCCGAGCUGGUCCAAGGAAUGUUGUAAUAACUGGGAGUACUAGAGGACUUGGCAAAGCACUUGCUAGAGAGUUUCUUCUUUCUGGAGACCGAGUGGUUGUGACUUCACGCAGUGCUGAUUCAGUGGAUGACUCUGUCAAAGAGCUUGAAGAAAAUCUAAGGGAAUUGGAAGCUGUAAAUGGGAAAAGUCAGAGAUAUGCAAAAGUAGUAGGCAUACCAUGUGACGUUUGUGACCCUAAUGAUGUGAGAAAGCUAGCUAAUUUCGCUGUAAAUGAACUUGGCUCAGUUGACAUAUGGAUAAACAAUGCGGGAACAAAUAAAGGAUUCAGACCCUUGUUGCAGUUUACAGACGAUGAUAUAAAGCAGAUUGUAUCAACUAACUUAGUUGGGUCUGUAAUCUGUACCCGGGAAGCUAUGCGGGUAAUUACAAGCCAGAAAAAGGGAGGCCACAUAUUUAACAUGGAUGGUGCAGGUUCUGGGGGCUCUAGUACCCCUUUGACAGCUGUCUAUGGAUCAACAAAAUGUGGUCUGCGACAGCUUCAAUCCUCACUCUUGAAGGAGUGCAGGCGGACCAAGAUAGGUGUCCAUACAGCGUCGCCUGGCAUGGUGCUGACAGAGUUACUGUUGAGUGGCUCCAGUCUGAAGAAUAAGCAAAUGUUUAACAUUAUCUGCGAGCUUCCAGAGACUGUUGCUAGAUCUUUGGUCCCACGCAUGAGGGUGGUGAAAGGCAGCGGAAAGGCUAUCAAUUACUUGACACCUCCCAGAAUUUUGCUUGCUCUGGUCACUUCAUGGCUACGACGUGGUCGCUGGUUUGAUGAUAAGGGAAGGGCGUUGUAUGCAGCUGAAGCUGAUCGAAUUAGGAAUUGGGCAGAGAAUCGUACCCGUUUUUCUUUCACUGAUGCAAUGGAAAUGUACACAGAAAACACCUGGGUUUCUGUUUUCUCCCUCUCUGUAGUCUGUGCAUUUAUCAUUCUCUCAAGCACAGGCAGUUCAUACCCAGGCACCUGAACAACAGAAGCUUAGUCUGAAAGAAGCAUCUAAGCAAGCAGGGUAAUGCUAGGUUCCCUUAGACAGCUGACAAUUAUACUAAAUACUCUGUGAAUAAGCUGUGCUCGAUUACAGAACAUUCAACAUUAACGAAUGUAUUGAGCUCUCCAUUGAAAGGAUUGGAUUUGUAUAGAAGUGGAGUGCAGGCUUGAUUCAAUAUAUGUUAAAUUCUUUGUAAGUUAAAUGUUAGGACAUUUUACAUGUAUAGAUAAAUUACACUCUAUUUUCGAUGAUUAUUCUCGAAAUGUAAAAUAUAAUGUACUCUUGGUCUCUUGCCAAUGUACGAAGUAUUUCGGAUUAUUGUAUCAAUACUCUCAAUAUUUUGUUCAUAAUAUUCCUUA